AUGUCUUUCAAGUUACUAGUAUUGAGGAAUGAUUGGUUCUUCAAACCAUAUUCGGAGUUUCCUGAUUUCGAAAAGUUAACCAAACUUAUAAAUAAGUCAUACAGCAAAGCUCGAUAUAAGUUUGACAUUAUAAGAACUCAAAGGAUUAAAGAUCCUAAUACGUUUUUAGAGGACUUUUCCAUAGAUAAUAAUAAAAGGUUUUGUUUUUUUAUAUUACUAGGUCCUGAGAGCCUGUUUGAUAAAAUACGUUUAGAGGACAAUUAUGAUAGGGACUUCAACAUUCCCAAUCGCAAUUUAGAGGAGAGUUACGCUUGUGAUAUUCCCGAGAAAUAUUAUGAUUUGUUUAGGUUUGAUAACACUUCGGAGCUCGAAAUUGAGGAAGUGGGUACUGACUAUGUUCUAGAUGACAGAACUUUGAAACGAGUAUUAGGGACGGCCGGUUUGAAGUCCUGUAAUAAAGAGGAGCCGAAUGCUUGUGAAACAAGUGAACUUUUACUCACUUGUUUUACAUCAUUCAUGAGGAAUACUGCACCCCAGAUCCUUGAUGCAAUGAUUAAUAAAUAUUUACUAGAAUCUAGUUAUAUGUCUUCACAUGGUCUCUUAAAUACGACAACGAAGAAGGUAAUUCUUUACGCUGAAGUUAUUCGUGAACAUAAAUUGGUUGAAUAUUAUUCUUCCAAAUGUGGAUUUGAAUUCUCUUCUGAAAUAUUAAUCGAAGUCGAUGAUAAAGGAAGAUUGAAGAACAAUCCUUUUGAAGACAAUAUACUUGCUACAAAAAAUUUCCAUGUAUCAUUUAUUCAUAGAGAGAUAUAUAUUUAG